CCAAAUUAAAUUUUGAUGCUCUCGUCAACCCAGAUAAAAUCCGAGCGCGGGGUUUUUCAAGCAGUAAUCUCGACCAAAAUUUGGAACAUUUUUAUUUCAUCCGAUCUCGCAACUCGAUGAGCAGAGCAGUGCCAUUUCGUAACGAAGAAGCACCAUGAACAGCAGCUUUCCGUACCAACACGCCGACCAGAAUGGCCAAAACGCGCUGCCACCCCCGCCGCAGCAUCAAGCUCACGAAACGACGGAUGCCGUUAAACAGCGCUUUCUCGAACGACCAGACCCACCGGAAACGAGCCACUGCCUGUCGUGUGGGGGCACCUUCCAGAAGCAAACCAUAGCGGACGUUAUCAAGCAUUACGCGGACCAGCCCCAUACGCAGUUCCACAGCCCGUGUUUGUACUGCCGCGGAAAGGUCCACCGGUAUCGGGAUGGCAGAGGGGAGCUGCAGUACUACCACGAUUGCUACCGAUCGACGAAAAAGCUGGACCAGUGAGGCGUGACGACGAAACUCGAGGGUGUGUGUCGCGUGGCAGAGGUGUCACGCUUCGUUGCUGAUGAUAGUCGCUGGAGGCCAGUACGAGGAAUUUAAUUUGCAUUUCUAAAUGAUUUCACUUCUAGUAUGACAUUAUUGCGUACUCCAAAGAUUAGUACAUAAGAUAUUAAAUAUGAUAAGAUAAUGAAAGUGUGCCCAGUGAAGACUGAUAGCAACAGGAUAAGGCUAACAUUCCAACUCGUUAUUUAUAAUCCAAAGUAUUGUAGGUAAUUAUGUAUAUCUAUGAUAUUGAAAUAAAUUAUUAGAUGUUAUCCCACAA